CUCUGGGACAUCAUCUCCUAUACCCACCCAGCUAUAUCUCUAAUCUCUGUAAGACAUGAAAACAAAACAAAAAUGGUAAGUUAAAUAAAAAGCCGGAAAUUACAUUUAACCCUAGAACAUUUGAAGUAUUUACCGGUUGUACCUACCUUAACCAAAGGAAUAACCGAAUUGAGUUGAACCACGAACCAAUCCCUAAUUUCGACCCGAAAUUAAAACAUAACCGUCCAAAAACCGAAUGGUACCAAUUCCCUAUCUUAAAUCCCCAAACCAGACCCGAUUCCCUCUCAUUUUCGGGAAGCCCUUCCCUCUCUCGACACUUCGGCGACACAACCGAGGGAGAUCCCCGCUACCCCCACCAGCGACGGCCAAUUCCACCGAAGAGGAGACUCCUGACCAGCAACGGCCAAUCCCACCGAUAGCGACACAACCGAAGAUGGUGCAACCGCAAGAACCUCAUUUCUUCCAACCUUUGCUUCCUGGAUUCCAGACUCACUUGACAAUACCCAUUGUAUUUUUCUCCAAGCACAUCCAAGGGAAGACGAAUGGGAACACAUGGACACUAACAUCCGACGCUAUGGAUCAAACAUGGCAAGUGAUACAAGAAGAGAGGCGACUCACCCGAGGUUGGAAGGAGUUCGCUGAGGCACAUGACCUUCGAAUAGGAGACAUUGUCAUCUUCAAACUCAAAGGUUCCAUGGUCUUUCACGUCACUCCCUUUGGUCCGAGCUGCUGUGACAUCCAGUACACAUAUCCCAACUCAAUGGAAGAAGCCCAUGACCACCAGAACAAUACAGGAACAGGGGCUAGGUUUUCUUACUCGUGGGACUACUGUUUUAAGGCUGAGGUCACGGAUUCUAAUGUCCGUGAAGACAAACUUGUGAGUGAAACGAGUGUUCUUUUGUGUACUUACACAUCUUUAUGUUGUUCUGACACAUAUGUUUAUGUUCUUUUGUUGCAGAAUCUCCCUGUGGGGGCUACUGGUUGUAAUGCUCUGAACAAAGAAUGCAAGAAGGCGAAACUAGUGAACAUAGAGGGAAAGGCGUGGAAUGUGUCAAUGCGAUUUAACGAAUCAGGCGGCUUCUACUACAUCAAAGGGUGGAGAAAGUUCUGUGCUGAAAACAAAUGCCACAUUGGAGACAGCUUUGUCUUCAAUGUGGUUGGAGAUGGGAACACUUUGCCAUUGAUGUGUGUCUGUUCUCCAAGUAAGGAGUGUCUUAAAUCUGCAGGUGACAUUGCUUCUUCCUCCCGGGUGAACUAGGAAGAUCAUGUGUUCUAGUUGGGGACGCGUCUAUGUUGGUUGUGACUUGAUCUUAAGAGCACAAUGUCUUGUGCUUUGAACUUAUUUUGUGUGUCUUUUAUAUGUUUGCUUUUUGGUACUUUCAACUUGUUAUUUUGAUUUGAUGGUACUUUGAACUUGUUAUUUCGGUUUGAUGUUGCAAACUUUUAGUUAAUCAUUUUCAUGUCAA